AUAAUCUUGAGUACCUCGCAGUUGUCGCCUGCUUCACGUAUGGAAUCACCUUCGGGAAUAGAAAACUUCAAACCUUCUGAACUAUGUCAAUUAUGUACAACUGGCGUCGUGGAGAACCAUUUUGGCAUUCUGUUACCCCCUAUGAAUACGGAAGAUCUGACAGGUGGAUUUGUAUACGCGACUUCCCCAGAAGAUAUACGCAUCCGCGCCAAUCAAGGCUGUCGCUGGUGCCAGUUCCUGGUCAGAUGUUUGGACCCGGGUGUGGAGAAGGGUAGGGACCCUAAAAGAGCAGUGGCGGUUCGAGUUGGGUACGAAUCUGGGGGCAUGGAAGAUUCAGAGCUUUGCGUGGCUGUGAACUCCGUCGAGGCUGAUGAUAAGCCCAUAUACAGGUAUUAUCCGAAUGCAGAUGACCCAUCCGAGGAUUCCUAUGUGGCUGUGGUGGACAAGGAAGUCAAUAAUCACCGUGUCUACAUGUACACAAGAGAAGACGACCCCGCAGCAAGAUACAUACGCGGACGAAACAUAUAUCGUGAUGUCGGAACCGAGCUUGCCAUAUCUCUCGCGAUGGAUCGGUUCCAGGACUGUGCCAGUAAUCGCUCUUGCGAGUCAUGUCUACCCCCUGAUCCUUCCCCGAGCCUUCCUACCCGCGUAAUUGAUUGUGGAAAUCCCUCAAACCCUCGCCUUUUCUACACCGAUGGGCAACAUGAUCGAUACGUCGCUCUGAGCUAUGUUUGGGGCGAGCCACAACCUCACAGAGCCACGAAGCAGAACCUCGAUUCUUAUUUGGACCACAUUGAUCGCACCAGCCUCCCGCAAACUCUCCUUGAUGCCAUCGAUACAACUCAUAGGUUGGGCAUACGCUACUUAUGGGCUGAUUCUUUGUGUAUCAUUCAGGACGACGAAAAAGACAAGAUCAACGAGCUCUCCAAGAUGCAUUCUAUCUACCGCCACUCCUACCUUACCAUCGUGGCCGCAAGCGCACAACGGGUUAGCGAAGGCUUCUUACAGAUUCGUCCAGAUAUCCUCUGCACGGAUUCAUUCACUCUCCCAUUCAUACUCCCAGAUGGAAGCGGUACGGGUUCCGUCACUUUCACUCUCGCAGCAGAUGAUCAAACGCACUAUGCUUGGUGGGAAGAGCCGACGCACACACGUGCGUGGUGUUUGCAGGAAUAUUACCUCUCGUCGCGCAUACUAGUCUUUGCGUCGCACACCAUCCAGUAUGUCUGCUGGGAUACCGUUCAAAACAUUGGCGGCGCAGACAAUCGGUUCUGGGUUGGGAGAGUGCCUCGCACCAUACACCAUUUCCGCGACACUGAUAUGAGCGCAGAAGAGUUUGCGAAGGGUGUAUAUCGAAUGUGGAGAAGAGUCAUCUCGGACUAUACUAGGCGGGAGCUAUCUGUACCUGCGGACAAGCUUGUCGCAGUCGCUGCGCUUGCGGAAGAUUUCUCGCUCGUGAUUCAGAGCGACUAUCUGGCAGGACUCUGGCGGUGCACUCUUCUGAAGGACCUCCUGUGGCGCAGGAGCUACCGCUUCGAUCCCGUAUCACGCUCACGCCCUUCGGUUUAUCGUGGGCCUUCGUGGUCGUGGGCUGCUGUGGACGGGAAGAUAAAUCUAUGCGAUGGCGAAGACGUCGGCGAUCUUGUGGCCGAGGUUAUUAUGUGCGAAACCCAGCUCAAAACCUCGCAGGUCCCGUUCGGUGAGGUUGUUUCCGGAAGCCUUGUGCUCCGAGCACCGAUAGUACCGUGCUUCAUGCGCGCUAAUCGGAGGGUAUAUUGGGUUAUGGAUGCAGACCAUAUGGAGAAAGUUCGUGAAGAUGCAGUCAACAAGGGAAUCGAGCCCAAGGUCGACGAAGACUUCAUCGACGAAGACACUGGACGAUGGAUGCAGGAAAUUGGGGAGUGUCUGCUUGAUAGCAGUGGUGACGUCGAGAUUAAGCAAGGCAAGCAGAGCAUUUUCGUUGCGAUUAUUGCGAUGGAUGGCGAUUGGAUACUGCAAGGCAUCGUGGUGAAGCCUGUUAACUCUGAAGCAGAUGGAGAGAGCGAGCAGUCGUGGUAUCGGGUUGGCUUUUUCGAAGGCGGGAUGCGGGAUGCAGAUAAGUGGCUUGAAGGCGUCAAAAAGGUUCACACUAUGGAAAUAAGCUUAGUAUAACACAUGUAACAAUAUGAGCUAGUAUUCUGCAACACGGG